UGCUUUUCUUUUUCUUUAGCUGCAAAAUUUUUCAGAGAGUCUCAAAAAGCUGCAAAAGAAUCAACCAAAAUAUACAGAGAAGAAGAAAAUUUUUUCCAAGAAAAUGUGUCAUUCCUCUGAAGAAUAAUAAGUAUCUCAUUCCCUUGACGUGGAAUGUGAUUUCCUUUGAGUGGGUUGACAGUUAUGUUAGUUUUUGGUUAUUUGGACAAAGAAAAGAUGUCAUCUUGUUGAGUUGCUGAAUGGUGGAUAUUGGAAUUUUGGCCUAAAAUUGUGGGGUUGAUUUGGUUUAUUAGCUCAUGCAAAAGAUGGGUUCUUUAGUUUUGAUUUUGGAGUUGAUGUAAAGGAAAUUACAGAGAGGUUUUUAUGGGUUCUGUUGAAGAAAAGCACAAGCCAGGAAGUUUGGUUAGUGGAGCACAUACUCUACUUGAGGAAAUGAAAUUAUUGAAAGAAAUGCAGGAUCAUUCUGGAGGAAGGAAGCUAAUAAAUUCAGAGCUGUGGCAUGCUUGUGCUGGCCCACUUGUAACAUUGCCUCAAGUUGGAAGCCUUGUGUAUUACUUCCCACAGGGGCACAGUGAACAGGUGGCAGUUUCCACAAACAGAACAGCAACUUCCCAGAUACCUAAUUAUCCAAAUCUUGCUUCUCAGUUGUUGUGCCAAGUUCACAAUGUUACCCUACAUGCAGAUAAAGAAACAGAUGAGAUCUAUGCCCAAAUGAGCCUCCAACCUGUGAAUUCUGAGAGAGAUGUCUUCCCCAUUCCAGAUUUUGGGCUGAAGCCUAGUAAGCAUCCAACUGAGUUCUUUUGCAAAACUUUGACUGCUAGUGAUACGAGCACACAUGGUGGAUUCUCAGUUCCUAGAAGAGCGGCAGAAAAGCUGUUUCCACCCUUGGAUUACUCCAUGCAACCUCCAACACAAGAGCUUGUUGUACGUGACUUGCACGAUAAUACUUGGACAUUCCGUCACAUAUACCGCGGGCAGCCAAAGCGACAUCUUCUCACAACCGGUUGGAGCAUGUUUGUUGGAGCAAAACGCCUUAGAGCUGGGGAUUCUGUUCUAUUUAUCAGAGAUGAGAAGUCACAGUUAAUGUUGGGAGUGAGGCGUGCUAACCGUCAGCAGACCUCAUUGCCGUCUUCAGUUCUGUCUGCUGAUAGUAUGCAUAUUGGAGUACUUGCAGCAGCUGCCCAUGCUGCAGCUAAUAGAAGCACAUUCACAAUUUUCUACAAUCCGAGGGCAUGCCCUUCAGAGUUUGUUAUUCCUUUGGCCAAAUAUAGAAAAUCUGUUUAUGGGACACAACUAUCAGUUGGUAUGAGGUUUGGAAUGAUGUUUGAAACAGAGGAAUCGGGUAAACGCAGAUAUAUGGGCACUAUUGUUGGCAUUAGUGACUUGGAUCCACUGAGAUGGCCUGGUUCCAAGUGGCGGUGUCUUCAGGCAGAGUGGGACGAACCGGGAUGUGGAGACAAGCAGAGUAGAGUUAGUCCAUGGGAAGUUGAGACACCAGAAAGUCUUUUCAUAUUUCCUUCUCUGACUGCAGGCCUCAAACGACCUUACCAGUCUUCCUUUUUGGGAGCACAAACUGAGUGGGACAGUUUGAUGCACCGCCCUUUUAUGCGUGUUCCUGAAAAUGUAUAUGGUGAACUUCAAAGUUCCUCAAUCUCAAACCUAUGGUCAGAACAGUUAAUGAAGAUGCUGGCAAGACCUCCUGGUGUUACAGGUCUUCAAUGCGGUGUCCCCACAGUACAAGAUAUUAAGGUUGCACUACCUCAAGAAUCUAGGAAUCUAAUACAUGCAGCAGGCAACCAGAAACCUGAGCUAAGUACCGUAGAAGAUACAUCUGUACAAAAUGAAAGAAAUCCUCAAGUCAUCCUCAAUCAACCUUGUGUUGUGAACUCAAUUUCUUCACCGCAAGCAACUCUGCAGCCAAAGUCUCAACCUCCAGAAAAAGUAGGCUCCGACACUGUAGGAAUAAGUUCUGAGCCUGCAAAAGAAACUAGUGUUUCAGUGGAUAGGUUAGAUCAGUGUCAGUCCCUAGGGCAGUGUAAUGAAGAAAAAGUGACUAUAAAGCCUGCAAGUCCACAUAUUCUUCCGGCUGAUGCAACAGCUUCCCACCAAAACAGCUUAUCUCAAUUGCAAUCCAGUCCAUGGCGUCAAAUUGAGGCUGCUAGUGCCAAUAAUAUCCUUCAAUGCUCCAAUAACAAUGAGUGGAAUCUGCCCUCUUUCCAGUCUACUGCUGGAUUGCUCAGAUCUCCUGUGUCGAACUCCACUUUGACGAAGCACGAGCAUUCUUUUAUGUUGCCUGAUUCAGUUAUUGGUCCUGGACUAGCUCCAAUAGGCCAGGAUUUGUGGGAUCAUCAGUUGAAUGAUGUGAAGUGCUUUUCCCAAUCAAACCUUCAGGUUCCGCUGUUAACGCAAGACAUAACUAACAUGCAGUUCUUACCUGAUUCAUAUGGUUUUAAAGACUUGUCAGAGGAGAGCCAUAACCAAAGCGACAUAUAUAGUUGUCUUAAUUUUGAUAGUAACAGUGGGAGCACAGUGAUUGAUAAUUCUGUUUCAAGCACAGUGUUAGAUGAGUUCUGCACUUUAAAACAUACCGAUUUCCAGAGUCCUUCAGAUUUUCUAUUAGGCAACUUCAGUUCUAGUCAAGACGUUCAGUCUCAGAUUACAUCAGCUAGUCUCGCAGAUUCUCAGAAUUUCUCUGUACAAGAUUUUGCCGACAACUCAGGUGGUGCAUCGUCAAGCAAUGUAAAUUUCGAUGAAAGUAAUCUUUUGCAGAAUAGCUCAUGGCAGCAAGUAGCUCCACGUGUGCGAACAUAUACAAAGAUUCAAAAGGCUGGAUCUGUAGGAAGGUCAAUUGAUGUCUCCAGUUUUAAAACCUACGAUGAACUGCGAUCUGAAAUUGAAAGAAUGUUUGGACUUGAGGGGCUGCUGAAUGACACGAGAGGCUCGGGAUGGAAGCUGGUAUACGUUGAUUAUGAGAAUGAUGUACUCCUUGUCGGGGAUGAUCCUUGGGAGGAAUUUGUUGGUUGUGUUCGAUGCAUCAGAAUCUUGUCGCCUACAGAAGUGCAGCAAAUGGGAGAAGAAGGAAUGCAGCUCUUGAACUCGGCCGGACUGCAGGGCAUAAAUGGCUCAACAUCAGAAUUUCCAAACUGAGUUUUAAAACAAGUGAUCUAUGAGCUCAAAGUGAUUGAUCACUAGCUGUAUGGAACAUUCAAAGUAAUGUUGUAACAACCUUAAGAGCAUGAGAUUUACUAGGUUUCUGUUAUUAGGUGAGUUGUAAUUUAUGAGUGAGACUAUGUAAGAAACAGCUUUAGCAUAUUAAACUUUGCCUCUACAAGUUGGGACUUGGGAGUAGUAUUCUCUUA